AUGGCAGCCCCUAAUCCACCUCCCGCAGAAAAGUUGAUGGAGUCAAUUCUUGCUCCUAUGUUCACUAGACCGAACUCUAGAAUUGUCAAGCCACAGAUAGAUGCCAAUAACUAUAACAUCCAUUCGUCACUGAUUACUUUAGUGGAGAGAACUCCUUUUGGUGGAGAAGACUACGAAGAUCCUCAUGACUUUAUGGACAGAUUUCUGAGAAUCUGUGACACAACUAAGCAUCAUGGACUGUCUGAUGAUGCAAUCAGACUCCGGUUGUUUCCUUUUGCUUUGACCGGGAAAACCCUCAGAUGGUUAGAUCGACAAGCUCCUAACAAUAUCCGAACAUGGGACGAGAUAGCAGCCAAGUUCUUUGCUGAGCACUUUUCUAGGGAAAAGUACAAUAAGUUGGUGAAUGAAAUCACCAACUUUAUUCAACAUCCGGGAGAGACCUUGUGUGCAGCCUGGACUAGAUUCCAGGAGUUGAUCAGAAAGCGCCCCCAAUACGACUUGCCAGAUGCCAAGAAGGUUAAAGUCUUCUACAAUGGGAUGACACCAGAUUCCAGAAUGGUUGUCAACGGUGCAGCCGGUGGAACCAUAGGAAAGAAGACAGCAGCUGAAACUCUGGAGCUGAUUGAUUACAUGGCAAGGAACGAGAAUGCUUCAAUGGAAGUUCAACCAGUUCAACCGAAGAAAGAACUUCUACAACUGGGGAACAAUGAUGCAUCUCUAGCUGAGCAAAAAGUGAUUGCACAACAGCUAGCCAGUAUGAAUGCCAAGCUAGACAAGAUGCAAAUAUCUACGGCUCAAGUUAACUCAGUUAACUGCGAGUCCUGGAAAGGGGAUCAUGAGACUAAUGAGUGCCCAACACUCAUGGGAUCUGAUCCGUUCCAGGUUAACGGAGUUUGGUAUGAUCCAAGGCCACCACAAAAUAUCCAAAGCUUUCAAAGGAAUCAGAACGGUGCCCAAGGAAGCAACUUUCAAAGGAGAAAUCAAGUUGGAGGCUUGGAUUAUAAAUCCAACAAUUACCUGCAACCUCAUCCUCUUCCAUAUAAAGAGCCAUCAGAAUUGGAGAAAGCAAUGCUGCAGCUUUCCAAGACUACAAAUGAUCACAUACAGACUACUAAUGCCUUCAUGAAUGAGACAAGAGCCUAUCACAAGAACCAAGAUGCUUCCAUCCAGAAUUUGGAGACUCAGAUAGGUCAGUUAUCUAGACAGUUAGCUGAAAGAGCUCAAGGGCAGUUUCCUGGUGAUACUAUCGUGAAUCCUAAGGCAGACUGCAAAUCCAUUGUAACUAAGAGUGGAAUUGUGAUUACUCCUCAAGACAAGCAAAAGGUGGCUCAGAAAAAGAAGUUUGAUGAAUCAGUAAUUGAACCAGAAAAAGAGAAGAAAACACUGCAAGUUAUAAAGAAGAGCCUGUCGAGCAAGAAAAAAAAGAGGCAAAGGAGAAACAUGUUGAAGCUCCAAAGAAGCUGA